UAGGGUCUUAGAGAGAAAAAGAGAGAGGGGGAGGCUAGAUAUCUUUUUGUUAAUACAAUUAAAAAAGUAACCGGAAAAUAGUUAGACUCGAAACACUAGUUUCCUUUUAAACAGAUUUCACUAUCACAAAUUCACAAUAGUAUGACUAAAAAACACAAUAUAUUUCAAAUUUGGAGCCCUCCUAAAAUAGAAGGUUUUCUUUACGACCAAUAUAGAUGCUUAGAUGGUCAUGAGUACUCAUGACCAAAGUCGCCAAUUCGUGCUCGAUGCUUUUUUUUUUUUUUUUUUUUUUUUUUGUGUUUGCACCCGGUCGUUCGGGCUACAUUUGAAUUAGUGAAACUUCCAUCAAAACCAGCUGUUAUAUUACAUUUUUACAAUAUGAAAGGUGCAAUAUUCCACAAUGCCGAAUGAUUCAUUCAAGACCUAGUCAAGUGCUUCAACUUGCACGUAUGUAAUUUUUAUACAAUUGAGUAUAUCAAACUAUAAUAGACAUGAUCAUAGACUGAAGGAACAACCACAUGAUUAUUAAACUCUCAUCUCCUCCUGAUUAAAGAUCACAGGAAAGAAACAUAUGAUGAAAAUUCAAAGAAUAUCAGAUGGCAUAUGGAUGCAAUUGCAACGAAUGGGAGGAGAUAAAAAGGAGGAGCAUGAACAAAUCUCCAGUGAAAGCUAUGAACAUCUAAUGAUAAAUGGAAGACUAUUACUGGAGGAAAGAGUUUCCUUGUUUAAUGGCAGAACAAACCCUGUCAAAUGUUUCUCCUUUGAGGAGCUUAACAAAAUUAUAGACAUCAAUCAGAUACAUAGUAUUGGAUCAAAGUGGUGUAAAGGUUUUAUAGAUGGAAAAGUUGUACUAGUAAAGGUCUCCAAAAACAAAGUUCAAAAUAUUAUUCGUGAAAUUGUGGUUGCUGCACAAAUGAGUACUCAUACAAAUGUUCACAAGCUUCUAGGAUGCUGCCUCGAGUACAAACGUCCGAUCCUUGUUUAUGAGUGGGUGGAGAAUGUAUCUCUUCAAGAUCGAAUUGUUGGAGAUCGGAUCGAAAAUCAGGAAAUAUUGGAAUGGAAGGACAGACUUAGGAUUUUGUGGGAGAUAUCUCAUGUCAUUGCAUAUCUUCACACUGCUUUUCCUAGGCCUAUCAUCUACAAAUACUUAACACCAGCAAAUGUGUUCUUUGAUAAAAAUAAUGCUGUCAAGGUAUCAGACUUCAGUCUUUCUGUUUCAAUUCCUAAGGGUAAAACAUAUUUGGAAGACGGAUAUCUGCAGGGGACUCUUGGUUAUCUAGCUCCUGAAUACAUGAAACAUUUCAAGUUAUCAGAAAAAGUAGACGUUUAUGCCUUUGGUGUGCUUUUUCUUGUGCUUUUGACAGGCCAUACUCCGUUUUCCACUACAAAUGUGCACAAUAGUUGGGAGAAUUUAGAGGACUGGGUGAGGGAAUGUGUCAAAAGGUAAUUGCAUCAGUGAGAUUAUAGACUCUAGAAUUACUUGGAAUGGGAUGACCAGAGAUGAAGGCCUUCAGCAUCAGCAGCGAGCAUCUAUAGAGCUGGCACUGAGGUGCACAUCAAUAGAAGAGGAUAUUAGGCCAACUAUGGUGGAGGUUGCAACUCAAGUCAAGACCAUGAUCAGGUCCUCUAGUGUCUAGUCCCUAUGUAGCAUGGGUGCUUCUUCUAGGUCACGUACUCGAACCCCGUACUUGAUACGAUAUGCAUCCUGUAAUGGGUAAAAAUAUUGCCGUUUUUCUGUUCCCGUACUCGAAUCCGCACUCGUAACCAUAUCCGUCUAUGUGCAACAUAGUUUAGUCAUAUCAUCAGUAGUCACUUUAAGCUAAAGGUUUUCUCUUUGUCUAAUAAGUGGCUCCUUUUAAUUUGCA